AUGGGCACGGAGGGACUCCUGUGGCCUCGGGUGCUGUGGCUGCUCCUCGGGCUGCAGCUGUGCAGGGGGGCUGCAGAGUUGAGGCUGGUGAAUGGCGGCAGCCGCUGUGCUGGGAGAGUGGAGGUGGAACACGAGGGACAGUGGGGAACUGUGUGUGCUGAUGAAUGGGACUUGAAAGAUGCUGCAGUGGUUUGCAAGCAGCUGGGAUGUGGGUCUGCUGUUCGAGCUUUUUGGAAUGCACAUUUUGGGGCAGGAUCUGGCCCCAUUUGGUUGGAUGAUGUUCGGUGUCGUGGCUCUGAGCCUGCCCUGUCCAACUGUACACACAGAGGAUGGGGUGAGCACGACUGUGAUCACGAUGAGGAUGCUGGAGUGAGCUGUUCAGGGUUUGUCCGGCUGGUCGGAGGGGACAACGACUGCUCAGGACACGUGGAGAUCCAUGAUGGGGAGAAGUGGAAAAGUGUCUGUGCCUCAGCCUUUGGUGCCAGAGCUGCUGCUGUGGUCUGCAGGGAGCUGCAGUGUGGGGCAGCCCUGAACAUCCAAGGGGCAGCUCGUGAUGGAGCCAGCGCCGGUGCCAUGUGGGACAGAGAGCUGCAGUGUGCAGGGAAUGAACCCUUCCUCCAGUUUUGCCCCAGAGGCCCCUCCUGCGACCAGCUCUGCACCCCCAGAGCUGCUACUUGGCUCAACUGCACACGGUUCAGGCUGGUGAACGGCAGCACGGCGUGCGAGGGGAGGGUGGAGCUGCACGUGCAGGGGACCUGGGGCAGCCUCUGUGCCUCCCGCUGGCACCUCUCUGACGCCCACGUCCUCUGUGGUCACCUGGGCUGUGGCUUUGCCGUGUCCCUUCCCAGAGGAGGGAGUUUUGGGAGAGGAACGGGCCCCGUCUGGAGAGACUCGUUCCGCUGCAGUGGGACUGAAGCCCACCUGGGACAGUGCCCAGUGACCGUGCUGGGGGCCUCCCCGUGCUCCCAUGAGGAUGCUGCUGCUGUCGUCUGCUCAGCGGGGGUCGUGGAGGACGUGGGGGUGGUUUGCCAGGGUGAGUGUCCCCACGGGCCCCCCGGGGCACAGGGUGGGUGGGCAGCCGGCCCCCGCCGCCAUCUGGGCUCUGUCCCCGCCGCAGGGAGCCGGCGCGUGCGGCUGGCGAACGGGCCCGGGCGCUGCGCCGGGAGAGUGGAGAUCUACUCCCAGGGCAGCUGGGGCAGCGUCUGCGACGACGGCCGGGACCUGCCCGAUGCCGCCGUCGUGUGCCGGCAGCUGGGCUGCGGAGGGGCCGUGCGGGCCCCGGGCUCUGCCGCCUUUGGGGAGGGCUCCGGGCACAUCUGGCUGGACGGCGUCAACUGCUCCGGGGCCGAAGCCGCUCUCUGGGACUGCCCAGCCGGGCCCUGGGGGCGGCACGACUGCGGGCACAAAGAGGACGCCGGAGCCGUCUGCUCAGAGUUCACGGCCCUGAGGCUGGAGAACAGCGACGGCUGCUCCGGGCGCCUGCAGGUUUUCUACAACGGGACGUGGGGCAGCGUUUGCUCCAACUCCAUGACCCCCAAAACGGUGUCACUGGCGUGCGAGGAGCUGGGCUGCGGGAAGGAAGGGACCCUGGAGAUACAAGGGCCACGGGGCAGAGUGUCUGGCGCCGCCUGGCUGGACCGUGUGGAGUGUGAGGAGAGACACGGCUCCUUCUGGCUGUGUCCCUCCGAUCCCUGGAACCCGCGGUCGUGCGACGAGCUGCGAGAUGUGACCCACAUCACCUGCCGUGGGACACGGCCCAAAAUGACCCCAACCCCGGGCUCCGCGUGCCCCAACGCCACGAGCUGCACAGACAGGGAGAGGAUCCGCGCCGUGGGAGGAGAGGACGACUGCUCGGGCCGGGUGGAGCUGUGGCACCGCGGCUCCUGGGGGACGGUGUGCGACGACACGUGGGACGUGCGGGAUGCCGAGGUGGCCUGCAGGCAGCUGGGCUGUGGGCCCGCCGUGGCCGCCCUGCCCGAGGCUGCCUUUGGGGAGGGCACGGGCCCCAUCUGGCUGGAGCAGGUGGAGUGUCGGGGCACAGAGGCGGCUCUGCAGCACUGCUGGGCCUGGCCCAGGGACCGAGGGCUCUGCCGGCACAAGGAGGACGUGGCCGUGCGCUGCGCGGCUGCGCCCAGGACAGCAGCACCGACCCCUCGAGCAGGUGACGUGUCCUUCCCAUCAGCAACGAGUCUCCUCGAGGCCAGGCUGUGA